UAAUGGUUAUAAUAAUCAGUCAAAUAAACAUCAUCAAUAUAUUUUUGGUAAUAAGACAGCAUAUUCAUUAGAUUCACCAGAAUCGAGUAGUGAUUCUGAGUUAGAUGUAAUACGUCGUUUACAACAGUCUGCUAGUUUUGUAACAAAUCAUCAGCGUGGUCCAAGUAGUGGUGGAGGUGGCCUUUUAGGUAUAAUCGGUUCGCCAACAAGUGGUACACAAGCAUUAAUCACUUCUUCAUCGCAUCGUCCAGUAUUAAAUUCACCGCCACCAUUAAUUAGUAAUUCAUCAAAUAAUCAAAUAAUAAAAACACCAAUACAAUCACCACGUUCGCCAAAUGAAUCGCAUGAUUUAAUAUCGUUGGUUGAAAAAGGACGUGUUGGAGUAAAUAACACAAGUAAUGUAAGUUCAUGUUGUUCCUCGACAAAUAGUUCACUAGGUGCUGGUGCUGGACAAAAUCAAAUAAGACCUAUUAGUGAAACUCACAUUCAUCAUGUACAAAUGGCAACCCACAGAGCCAUUGCACAAGAUAUACGUGAGACUCGUAUUGAUAACUUUGGAGAUCCAGAUAAAUCAAUACAAAAUGGUGGACAUAAAUAUAAAAAAUUAACAACAGACAGCAGUGUGGAAAGUCAAAGUACUGAUAUAAAUAGUAAUAGUAAUAGUAAUCAAGACUGUAUUGUAGUAUUAGGCCAAGAAUCAUGUUAUGAUACCGACGGUCAAUCAAUAUGUACAAGUAUUGGCGGUGGAAUGGAAAGAGACGCAAAUGAAAUUACCAAAGACAAUGGAGGUGAUAUACAACAAGAUGGGGCUGGUAACAAUACAACAACUAGUAAUAACGAUAAAGAAGUUAUUAGUAAAUGUGGACAUUUAGAAGUUGCAUUAUUAUAUGAUGCGCCAAUGAGAAAAAUGACCGUGCAUGUAUUACAAGCACGUGAUAUACCAAGCAGAGAUCGUGGACAACCAACCCACACGCAGGUUCGCCUUUUAUUGUUACCAAGUAAGAAGCAAAAACAUAAAACAAAAAUACGUUCUGGCGAUAAUCCACAAUAUAUGGAAAGUUUUUUACUUCAUCGCAUAAAUCCAGAGGACGUCAAUUCAAUGGGAUUACGAUUACGUGUGUAUGGUUGUGAACGUAUGCGACGUGAACAACUAAUUGGUGAAUGUGUCGUAAGUUUCUCAAGUUUAGACCUCGAACUGGAAACGACAUUAUGGUUAGCUUUAGAACCACGUGCUACAAGUAGUCAUCACGGAUCAAUAUCUCCCACACAUCAUGUGGAUUUGCGUAGUUUGGCACGUUCCGACUCGACUGGAUCAGCACAAUCAAUGCAACAUGGUGGAGUACCUGAAUUAUUAUUGGGACUGGCUUAUAAUGCAACGACAGGGCGACUAAGUGUAGAAAUUGUCAAGGGAUCACAUUUUAGAAAUUUGGCAAUGAAUCGUGCUCCAGAUACGUAUGUAAAAUUGUGUUUAGUCAGCAGUAAUGGACAAGAAAUGGCCCGAAGUAAAACAUCUGUGAGACGUGGUCAACCAAAUCCACUGUUUAAAGAAACAUUUGUUUUUCAAGUUGCACUAUUUCAAUUAGCCGACGUCACAUUAAUGAUAUCCGUAUACAAUCGAAAAGGAAUGACAAAACGCAAAGAGAUGAUUGGAUGGUUUAGUUUAGGAUUAAAUUCAAGUGGUCCAGAACAAUUAGCACAUUGGUUAGAUAUGAAAGAUUUGCAUGCUCAACAAUUAUGUCGAUGGCAUGUAUUAGUUGACUCUUAAUCAAGAGAACGCGACAUGUCAGAUGAAGUUAAAAAAAACUCCUAGCAGGGAGUUUUAUCUCACACAAUUUUAUAUAAAAAUAUUCACACUUGUUUCUAAACUUGUUGUCUUUUUGAAUCAAAUCCAUUGUUGUUAAUUGCGAUAUUGAUUUCGUCAUGAGGUUAUACAAAGCGAUAUUUUUUGCUUUGAUUUGGAUUUUGGAACAGUUUUGACGGAUUCCGGAGGAUAUGAAAUGGAAAAACGAUUUACAUUUCUAGAAUUAUACACAGGAUUUCAUAAGGUCUACGAAAAAAGUCACUGAUAAAAAAAGGUUUGCUCCUUUUUCAAUUGCCAAAAAAUCGUUUGCCUUUUAUCAGUAAAUAAAUUACAAUAAUUAACUUUUGUAUAAUAAAUACGUGCGAGUUUUGAAAUCCUCUUUACAAUUUGUAAAAGAAAU